AUGAUUAUAUAUUAAAAAUACUUUGUCAGUCAUUUCAUGUAUCGAUUUUUGGUUUUUCAAAUAUACAAAAUUAAUAAACGAGUAUUUGUAUAUUGAAUGAGGUGUAUAAUUUCAAAAAAAGUAUAUUACGUGAUAUUGUGGUAAACUAUUUUAUGAAGGGAACGUUCAUCCCAUAUGGGGGAUAGCUCCUUCCUGUUUCCGAAUGACAGUAACAAACAUCUAUAAAAUGGGAGUCUUGCUGGUCCAUGAUAGUAACAACUUGUUUGGCUUUCAACCUGAUAACCAAAGUGAUAAAGAAAUUACCAAAGACUUAAUUUAUUUCAAUUCACUAGGUUUUGCAACUGAACAAAAUGAACAAAAUGGUAUAUCUCGGAUGUUUGGCUCUUGCCUCAUGUGUUGGUAUGGCUAUUGGUUACGGAAGUGUUAUGACGGGGCACAACAAGUUUAACUCAUACCCCUACAUGGGUAACAUGGGUUACGGACCAUACAUGGCGGGAUCUUCAGGCUUUGGAGGUUUUCUUGGUGGUACAGGCGGCUCGAGUAGUGGCAUGGGUGGUAUAUUUGGAAACAUUAUCCAACUGUUCUUAUUUAUCUUUGUGAUCAACAUCUUGUUCUCGAGCACUGGUCUUGGUUCGGGCCUUGGCUCAGGUGGUCUAGGUAUCGGCAAGAAGUCUUCGCACGUGACCCGUGACUAUGACUUUUACUGAACACAGCUUAAAU